UCGGAGCAUAUUUAUUGUAAUACUACGUUUGCAAUUCUCACUGUUGUCAACAUCAACAAAUCUUUACUCAGCAAAAAAAAAAAAAAAAAAAAACUUUCUACCGCUGUCCGUCACCUUCUCUGUAUCUUGAAAGGCAACUCAGACAAGUGAAGAAAAAAAAGCUGAGAUUAAGAUUUCUUAAUUGUUUAGAUAAACCUAAUUAACACAAGAUGCCAAGAACAGGAGUUGAAAACCUGCCCGGGAAUCCUGGUUACCAAAUUAAAAAAGAAAAAGAAAAAAAAGAUAGUAGCAGUUAAACCAGCUAAAGUGCUUUUUUUUUUUUUUGGCUCAAUCCAGCUAAAGUGAUCAUGUAGCUUAGAGUGGUUUGUCUUCAUUACUUAAUAAUUUGCAUAAAGUGGGAAUGCAGAAAACCAGGGAUCUGACAUGUAUUUGCACUGUUCUUGUGAAUUUCCACAAUGCAGAAUAUCCCAUAAAAUAUUUACCUUGUUUCCUUUGGCAUGCUCACAAAAUGCAUUAUAAUUUAUUUUGAUUAAUUAAAACUGCAAGAAAACAGAAAACGUCAUUUAGGAAGUUGCUGCAUGUUUUCAAAGCAUUUGUCAGAACCAUUUCAGUUUCUUGAAUCAACCAGAGUCGGAGACAUAUAAACCUCAUCGGUCUCCCUCCGUAGUUCAAAGAUCAUAAGAAAGAACCACAUUGCAUCAAAACCGGCUCGAGAAUCAUCUUAUGUGUUUUCUUGCCAAAACGGAAACAAGAAAAACGUAAACACAACAUAGAGACAUACUUGGAGAACACAGCAAACGAAAAGAGGAGGAAACACUUUUCCAAAAUGUUUUGCUGCAUAGACAGUUAAAAAGUUUUUUUUCUUCUCUCUUCUCUCUCUUCAAUUCUCCACACUUUAAAAGGCAGCACAGGCUCCAUUUUCUCCGAAACAAAUCCCCAUACUCUCAGAGAGAGAAGAGAGAGAGAGAUCAAGUCAUCAGCUGAACUGAAAAUGGCCAUAAACCUGUUAUCUUCUUAUGAGUCUGAUCAUGAAGAAGAUGACUACAUAGACAUGGAAGUUGGGCACUACACCUCCAACCUCUUCACUCACUCAGUUCCCUAUCAUCCUCCUCCUCAUCAAAACCACAACCAAAACUCAAGAGAAUUUGAGUUCCAGAUGUCUUCAACCUCCAUUGAAUCAGAGCCCACCACUUCCCCUGCCGAUGAGCUCUUCUGCAAUGGCAAGCUCCUCCCUCUCUGCCACCCACCCCGACUUCACAUGGUCGAGAGAAUCCUCCAUCUCUCGCACCCGACUCCCCACAACAUGAAAUGCUCGCAAUUGCCAGACUCUAGUGAAGAGCACUACGCCACCCCAUUGCUCACCAGCGCGAUUCCCACCCCAUUCGAGUCAUGCAACAUCACACCUUCCGAGUCCUGCAGGGUCAGCAGAGAGCUGAACCCAGAAGAGCAUUUGUUCGGUCACUCGAACAUAGAGGUGGGAGAUUCAAAUUUGAAUACUAAUGCUGAUCUCAUCGGGGAUCAUCACUGCCCAAAGAAGUCUUGGACAAGAAAGAUCAAGCUGAUAAAGCAGUCCUCUUUGAGUUCCAGGCUCAAGGCCUCUAGAGCAUACUUAAAGUCCCUCUUCAGCAAGUCUGACAAUUCAAAAACUGCAGGCGAAGGAUCGGACCUGAAAGCACCCAAAGGGUUAAUAAGUAGUAAAUCUCAGAAGUCUCUCAAAGUCAAGGACCAAAGCUCAAGCUUUGUCCAGAGAAGCCACAGAGAAGCAGACGAGAAGGUGGACAACCUUAACGGGUGUCAUAGAAGGUCUUUCUCAGUGUCUAUAAAGAGGCAUUCAUCAAGCAAGAAUUCAUCUUCGACCUCAUCAUCAUCAUCAUCCUCAUCAACAAAUUCAUCUAAGAAGUCAGAUGACUUCAGUGCAGUUCAGUUGUUAAAGAGAAGCAGCAGCGCGAAUUCAGGAACCGAGAGUCCAAUUCAGGGGGCGAUAGCACACUGCAAGAGGUCUCAUCAGCAUUUCUUCUCUUCAAGAAAGACUCUUUGUGAAGUCGGUUUCCACUCGUUCUCAGCUUCCAGAUUUUCUAUCAGUGAGGAUCAAGAAAAACUGACCAGCCUGUGCAGGGGAUGAGAGUGUAGGGAAACUUUGUACUCUAGGCACUUCUACAUUUUUCGUCUAACUGACACAUCACAUUUUGCCACAUCUACUAUUACUACUGCUGCUGCUGCUACUACCACUUUGAGUAUCUAAAACAUUUUUGAACCAUGCCUCGAAAACUUUCUCUGUUAUAUGAUGACGCAGUGUACACUGAAUGCCAUUUGAAAACUUGAGAGUAAGCAAGGAGACAUGUAAUCCAUUCCUUCUCCUUUGGUUUCUUGCUUUUCGAUUUUUCAUGUUCUAUUCUUCAUAGUUCUGAUAAUGGUAAUGUAAUGUAAGGUUCAAGUAAUUUUGGGACGUGCACUUCCUCUUUGAUUCAGCAUACCCUAACUUGAGAGUUCAGAAGAACAGGUCAAGACCAAUCUUAAUAACAAUAAUUCGGCAAUUUCUAACCCGUCGAUUACUAGUCUCUCAAGCUAGAAGUGAACCUAACGGCUAGGCUCAACAGA